GAAACCUCGUGCUGAAACAGAACAGAAAGUUGCCAAAGGAACUUCAGCUCAGGAGGAAGAUGAAAGAUAGCGUCCCUGAAGAACAUUUGUAUUUGGGUUUUUCUCAUCAGUGUCAAGAUAGUAUCUUUCCUCUUCAUACGUCUAUUUCACUCUUCUUGCUAUCCUACUGUGACUGCAAAUCAUUCAGAAUUUUCUUAGUGCCGACUAAUGAAAAUGCAAAUGAUCAGUUUGUGACAAAAAACCUCCUUGGAGAUCUUGAGGUCCAUUUAAUCCCCAAAUGUCAGCUUCCUAUGGUCGUGCAGAGCUGCUGUUUUCCUGCUGUUGUCACGAAAGACGGCAAGUUCUGUCGAGCUGGGCUUUCUGUUGUCUUAAGACAUAUAAUACAGAAAACAUUCGAGGCAGAUCCAUCCAAAAAGAAUGUUUUGGAACUCCUAGGCUUUAAGAAGACCUGCUUAAAAGCCUGUGCAGAAGUUAGCCAGUGGACCAGACUCUGUGAGAUCAGCAUACCUCUGGCUGUUGAAGGAUUUUUGACGGCAUCUCCUGAGCACAGUCAGGCUAUUCCUGCUGACAUUUUACAGCUCGAAAGAAAACUUGCAGAGCCUGUCCGAGUGCAUAACGAUGACAAAAUUCGAAGGCAAAAGCUUCAACAACAGAAGGCAGGUGCUAAGGCUGCAGUGUCUCUGCUUGAGAAAGAAGCAACAGAAGAAGGGAAAACAGUGGAGGUGCAUGAACAUCCACUUCCAAGUUUGGAACUGAGUGUAGCUUUCUCUAAGCUACAUGUCCAGGAGGUGUCACGUGCAGUCAACAGAGAAGCCCCUCUCAUCAGGAGAACAAAAACAUCUGACCUUCCACCUUUAGACCACGUUUUUGCAGAGGGGCUUUAUUUUACCUUGGCAGAUAUUGUGCUUUUACCAUGCAUCCAUCAGUUCCUGGAUUGCAGCAAAAAGCAAGGCAAAGAUCUGGUAAAGUUACCUCUGAUCUCCAGCUGGUAUCGAAGAGUUCAGCAAGUCCCUGGAGUGAAGAGAGCAGCUGAUAAAUGCAACAUGCAGCUUCUCCAGCUUCCAGAGUUGAUACCUGCUCCAGAGGAUCACCUAGGAGACUUCUUUCCAGUUCCUGAUAACUGUGAAGAAGAGCAUGAAAACAGUCAAUUUAUAGGUGGUCCAAGGCCAACUAUGACUAAAUUAAUGGAGAGGGGUAUUGAAGCAAAGUUUUCUCCUCAUCCAUGCCCUGACUGGACCAUAGACUGGCCCAGCCUGCCAGCAGCAGUCAAUCCUGGAGAAGGAAAGAUGUCUAGAGAUCGAGCUCUGAGGAAACAGCAGCAGUUGAAUAACUUGGUAGCAGCAGUGACAAAGCUUGCUAAGCCUGGAGAUGUGAUUGUGGAUUUCUGCAGUGGAGGGGGUCAUGUUGGAAUUGUUCUUGCUCACAUGAUGCCAUCAUGUCAGGUGGUGCUCAUAGAAAAUAAGGAGUUGUCUCUGAUGCGUGCUAAAGACAGAAGUGAUGAACUAGGUUUAAACAACAUUUCAUUUAUUCAAGCAAACUUGGACUAUUUUAAUGGCACUUUUAACAUUGGGGUGGCUCUACAUGCAUGUGGUGUGGCAACAGACAUGGUGAUUGAACAUUGCAUCAAGGCCCGAGCAGCCUUUGUCAUUUCCCCUUGUUGUUACGGCUUCAUUCAGAACACUGUGAAGUUUAAAUAUCCAAGAAGUCAUCAGUUCAGGGAAAUUUUAUCCUACAAGGAGCACAUGAUCCUUUGUAGGUUUGCAGAUCAGACAGCUGUUCAUCUUCCACCUGAUCGGAAGCUGAUAGGAAAGCAGUGUAUGGGGCUUGUGGAUCUUGAUCGAGCAUGGGCUGCAGAAAGAUGUAACUACUCUGUCCAAGUUACAUCGAUGGAGCCAGAGAGCUGUUCUCCAAAGAACAAUAUGUUUGUGGGCACCCCAGUUUAGAGAAUGAAAUUUGACGUUGAUCAUAAAUCUUCAAUGCAUAAAAACAUACAGCAAAUACAAGCAUACUUGGAAACCAGACAUCAUGCAUCUUGAACCCAUCGUGUUUGGAAAAGGAAGCAGCAUGAGAAGUUGUAGAAAGUGAACUGCAUGCAGAGCAUUGCAGAUUGUAAUGUGUCAUUAAGCAACUUUAGGUUCUCAUAGUGAGAAGCUUCUCUAACAAUGGUCCAUAGAAUUGCAUCCAUCUGCAGAAGCUUAGAAAAAAGGGGAAGAAGGCUUAGAAGGGAAGGUCAUUUCCUUUUCAGUAAAGCUGUCUUGGCUGCUUCAAAAGUGCAUUCAUGUUCAAAACUUCAUUUGUGCUCAUGGGCAGAGCAGUUAUCAGCCGGUAAUGCAGUUCACUAGAGGGAACAGAUUUAUGGUGUAGUGAUGGAAACUGUUGCAACAGUGACGAAACAGUGAUCAGAUGAAACUGAUGCAACAGCUGUUGGCUAGAUUUUGCUAAAGAAUGCCAUACUAUUUCAUCAAGAUUCUUAACACAAAUUCUUUAGAAUGCUUUCAGCAUCACUCUGCAUAUAAUUUGUAUUCCAACUUAAUGCUUUUAAAAAUGAUGUAAAAUUUUUACCUUUAGAUAUUGCACAAGAAUUCUGUACCCAGUCAUUGGAAAGUGGGGGGGAGUGGAGGGGGGAGGUAAAGAGAGCAAACCCUUAUUUCUCUGUCCUCCAGAUUAUAGAAGCUAACAGUGAUGUAACAAUGAUGGUUAGUUCACUGCCACCUCUGCUAAUUGAAAUGGAUUACUUUCCAUUUGAAAGAGACUUGCUGUCAGAUACAAUUUUUAAAAGAAGUUCUUGUGUCCAUAUAUGUCAUCUUUAUUUACUUUUAUAUUCAAUUUAAAUUUGGAAGAAGUUGCAGUUGUGGAAUUAUUUGAAAAGCUCAAUCAUAGACACGUUACCAUUAAAUGAAAAUAAAUGUUCUUCUGUGUUUGGGUUAGUAUGCAGUUUCCUACCCUACUUUAAAACUCUGUUCACACUGUCACAGCAAAAAAAGCUCAUAACAAGAUAUUUCUUGUAUGUUUGUGGGUUUCAUACACUUCCAAAUUCUGCAGUGGUUUAAUUUAAAUAUAUCUGAAGUUUAAUCAGCAUAUGCGGGAAAGAGAAUUACAAACAGCAACAGGUAUUGGAGGAAAAGAAAGGAUCCCAAUAUACUUCAUUCUUUAUGGAAGCUCUUUCUAAGAGAUCUAAAUGUUUGUUUUAAUGUGAAGAUUGAAGGAAGCUGCACUCUUAUUUGGAAGCAUGAAGGUAAGCAAAUAGGUAUUCAUACCUGCACUGUGAAUUCUUGAAAAUAAUGUAGUGUUUUUUCUGCAAUUUUCUAUAGUUACAAGAGAAGGUAGGGAUUGGAAGAUUGCAUAGCUAGUAUAAAACACUUGGCAAUAUCAGUUGCCUUUGGAGGUUUUGCUCAGAGAUACAUUUGCCAAAGAGAACUGUUUGUGAGUUAGAACUAUGUCAAAUCUGAACAUUAUUCACGUUAAUUUAUUUGGAUCUCCAGAUUGUAUAUCUGGAGUGAGAAAACUUCUUCAUUACUUUUUUAUGAUGAAGGAAGGACAAUAUUAUGAUUACAUGCAAAACUGAAAUCAAGUUUUAUUUUUUCUUCGUUUGCAGCUAUUUCCCUGAGAAGCCAUGUGUAGGGAAAAGUAUUUAGGCUAGUGUUAUAACAAAUCAAAAUCAUGCAGGUCAUUUCUGAGUGAAGCAAUUAGUUUUAAAACUUUAUAGGUGUCAAGCAUUGUAUUUCUUAAUUAGUAACUCAAAACUAUUUUACUCAACUAUUUGAGUUUCUCACAUAUGUUUUUUUUUUUUUCUUUCAGAUAUGCUACUUGAAUGCUUCAGUUUAUGCAAUGUGAGUGAUACUAUUGGAGAUUUCCUUGUUAACUGAUUAAAUAAUCAGUGACUAGAGAUUAAAUUAUUGACUAAAGAGACAACAGAAGUGAUGUUGAAGACCUCAGUGUGAUUCCUAUUACAGCUGUAUCAAGCAGCAGUUUUUCAACUGUUUGGGAUUGAUAUGCUAGAACAGAUGUUCCUAAAACAAGGUUGCAGGUAAGAAAAGAGAUAAAUCGUGUGUUUUAUGCUUUGUGUUUGCAGUUGAUAGCUGUUUACUAAGGAGGCUACAGAGUUAAAUGGAAAUAAGCCAUAUCAGGUUGGAAAUCUUCCAAGACUCCUCAUUCUGUGAUUUUCCAGGAAGGGAAGUGAGGGUGACCUGCCUGUGAUUCCUCAUGUUGUACUUCUUGCUUUAGUGUUUGCCUUUCUGAAGCCAUUGGGGAGCCUCUCCUGUUUCACAACCUAUUAAAGAGGAGUCUCAUGAAGGUUUCAGACAGUUCUCUCCAUACUAUCAGAUGCAUCCUAUCUAGUCCUUUGGACUUAUUUUGGUCAGAGAAUGGUUUUCAAGAGGGAGAAAUAGGCUGGAGAUAUGGUACGAUGGAAAUGUUAAAUCUGGAGGAAAUGAAGUUAACUGACAUAUGAAAUAAAUAUGAACAAGACUAGAACUCACUUUUAAUUUACUCAUUCAAAAAAAAAAAGCUACAGAGUAACUACACUGUUGAAAAAAAAGUCUGAUUCUUAUCAGAUGUUUUGCCUAAUACUUUCAAUACAGCCAAUGUAGUUUCAGUGUAAGCAGAGGAGCAGUGCAAAUGUGCAAAGGAAGGUUGAGUUGAGUAGGCAGUAGUUAUCUGAGAUACUCCAGCUGUGGAACUCAAUCCUUCUAGCAAUUCUGUCUUGCUCCCCAUCCCAGCAUGUUUUAAGAUAUUUUUAUCUGUGCUCUUUUUCUGGAUUGGGGACCAUUUCUGGUUUACCUGUGGCUGUUUGAACUAAUCUAAGAGCUUUGCCUGUUUUUGUUUUGAUUUGUUUUUGUGAUAAGCUGACCUACUCCUUGGUUGCAUUGACUGUAUAAAAAUGCGUAUUAGAAGCCAUGUAAGAGGCCAAGAAAAACACGUAGGUGAUUUUUUAACAGCUUAUACACAAAGAAUCCUAUUGUUUUGCAAAGAAAAUACAAAACUGGUGUACUAGAAUAAUGUAAUCAACUUAGAGCUUUGCACAGAACUCCAGGGGUACCAGUAAGUUUCUAAGUGUCUGGGUAUGCAUUUUUAUAAUGGGUAUGUUUCUCUGUGGCAUCUCUGUUCAGCCAGUGGAAUUCCCCAUCACAAAUUCUCCCUGAGCCAAGAUUUCAAGAUUUAAAUCACGCUCUUAAACAGAGCUUGUUAAAAGCAAAACAAAACAAAAAUGGAUUGCUUAAGUUAUCCAUAGUUAAAAGAGACAAUAGUGAAGGAUCGUGGUGGAUAGAAGCUUCCUGUUUUAGAGCUUACACCAACAACUUUGGGCCACCCGCACUCCUUCAACAGCAGAGUUGCCCUUUUCUUUGAGGUCUCUGGUCAGGACUAGUAUUGGCAACCAGAACAAUCAGAGUUCUGAAUUGCUGUUUUAAAUCCCUGGUGCCACCAUUUAAUUAAGUGACUGACUUCUUAAAAUCAACUUUUACUCAGUCUUCUUCAGCUAAUAAGAGGCUACUGAAUUGCACAGCUUCUAGUUAUUAUGGUUUUUCAUCAGCUAUUAUUGUUUUUCAUGCACUUUGGCAUAAACUGUAGGUUUAUUUCGUGGAUAGAUAACCUGAUCUCAUACUCAUGCUGUGUUAACAGCUCCUGAGCUAUGAUGCAUAUAUAUUACUGCGGCUCAAUAUAAGCUUGGAUGAUAUCAUGAACAGAUGAUAACUUCUGGUCUGUUGUACUGACAUUGCUUUCUGAAACGGAAUCACAUAAAAUAUAGACAAUUCAGAUUGUCUAAGAGGCCAGGAGAUGAAGUAGAUACACGUAUUUCUGUGCACUACUUUUGCAUGCUUUUAGUUAGUUUUGUAGAAAUAGCUAAUGUUUGGCACCAUGAAGGUUGUUUUUAUUCGUUUGGCAUGUUACCGUUCAAAUACCCAUUUAGUGUGGUCACCUACUAUAGAAAUAGUUAAACAAUACUGUAAAUGGGCAUGUUCUCUUUGUUAGGAUGAUUGCUGACACAGAGUUCUUUUCAUUAAGUAAUUUGACCGCAGCCAUCUCUUUACUUUGGAAAAGACAGAGGAAAAAAGCUCUUGCAAAUAUAUUGUUCUCUUGGUUUUCAUAUUUGCAGUGCUUGUAUAGGGGAUAUAAUUAGAAUUUCAGAAUAAAUUACCCAAGGUAUUGGAUGAAAAUCAAGACUCAGAUAAAUGUUUAAUUCCUCCUUUUUUUGCAUUUGACCAUUAUACACAAACGUUUGGUUAUAAAUGGAUGCCUCAUCCUUGUUAGAGUAACAUUUUGUAUUCAAAGUAGGAAUCUGGAAAAGAAAAUUUUUAAGUGAUUUAUGCAAUUUGAAACCUUCAGUUAGUUUACAAAUCUCUUUUACAAUUGGAUUACUUUUAUAUGCUCCGUCAUAAAUACCAAAAAGCCCUCAAAAUAAAAUGUGUUCCAGAAUAAUCCUUACUGAGAGUUUCCAAUUGCAGCUUUUAGCUCCUAAUAAUCUUAAACUAGCAGGAUAUCUGUACAUGAUUAGUAUACACAAUAGCUGCUGCUACAAGAAUAAAUACUACUGACAUGUACGCUGUCAAUCUGGAGGGCAUAAACCUUCUAAUUGAUUCUGUGUUAGCACCUACCUUGCUUGAAAGAAGUGAGGACAUUCAAGUUCCGAGAGUAACAUGGCCUCGCUCUGUGUUCUUACUCAGAAUUUGCUGGUGUGUGUGGAAAUUAGGAGAAGGUUUAAUUUUAAACUUGUAAAGGGUAGUCAGUUUUGUUAGCAUUCUUCAAGAUUAGGUGCACAUCUUUUUCAUCUGUUAACCAUGAGGAUAUGGACAAAUAUGUGCAAAAGAUUGCUAUGAUGUAAUACCUGCUUCCAUGUACAGAGAACAGUCUAUGCAGUGCAGAAAGCACUGUUUUUAAGUGGACUUAAUCCGAUUGCUUUCUGUUCCAACAUGUGUUAAAUGUGUUCCUUUUUCCUUUUGUGACCACUGCUUUUAGUUUCAAUGAAAGUACAAACUGAGUACUACUACCAGUCUAAUUUUCUGAUGGUAUUCUUUAACUCCACUCAAGAGAAAAAUGGCAGCUUGUUUAUCUGUGGAUGCCCUCUGCCUUUGAGAGCUGACAGUUCAGAAGGGGCACUGUUACUCUACUCAGACCAUUGCAAAAGAUUUUGGAGUAGUUUAUGCUAUAACUCUUGAAAGAAGGUAAAGCUUUUUAUAGACACUUUACUGUCUGUCUUUCAGUUCUAAUACCUCUCCUGCUGGGCCAAGCUCAGUUAUCAGUUAUGCAUGUAUUAGAAGUAAAAAGACAAGAACAAAAUGUACUUUCUUGAAUGUGUCAGCAAACAACCUUUAUCCCUUUGUUUUAGUUCACAGAACAGUUUAUUAAUUCUUUUAUUAAUGCUUUUAUUAAUUCUCUUACCUGGGUAUUCUGCUAUUUAAAGCUCUGUAGAGCUCUCUAAAAUUGGAUAUUUUUUUUUGUCCUAGAAUAUUUUGUCAUUGCCUGUAAAGCAGUUUUGAUUGGAAACUGUUGAUAGAUUUGCUCCAGUCUAUUUCUUAGAUUUUUCCCUCUCCUUUCAUGAAACAGUCACAAUUCAUUUUCUGUUCCUGAAACUUUCUUACUUUUGUUAUUGCAGACCUGCUUCAAUCCUAAUGAAAAAACUUCUAGUUUGGAGCUCCCAGUCCAUCUCAGCCAGAGCUACUGUGUUUCUCUACCUUAAGAAAAUCUCAGUUAAGGAGCAUGCUUGCUUAUUUAAGACUGUUGAAGUCCGUAUCCAACUGUGCAUUAAAUACUGAUCCCAAAUUAAUUGUUUCCCCUCAAAAAAUAUCCAUAAAAACCUAUAGAAUUGUUUAAAAGUGUUAUUUGGAGUUAUGUAUUGGUUUUGAAUAUAGAGCUUUAAGAAUAUAGUAAGAUUAUAUAAAGUAAGAUUGAAUGCUGCUGCGUCAUUUGAGCAGACUGUAGAAGAAUCAGAAACUGUUUACCAGACCAGGUAGAUAGCCCUGAAACUCCUUAAUUUCCUUUCAUACUGAGCACUUAAGCCUAUCUUAAAUCUUCUCCAUCCUCUUACCACUCACUGUAAUCUGAAGACGUGAAUUUAAUGGACUUCUUGAAGUUUUUUAAGUGCUACAUAAUGAAAACCACCAAUAAACUUUGUAAUGCUCAAAUGCAUUAAAAGGCUCACAAGCAACUACGUAUGCGAUAAAUAUCAUACCAGUCCUGUGCUGUAUGCAGCUGUUAGAGACUAUACUUUAUGGGAUCUGUCUCGCUUUUGACUUUCAGUGGACAGAAAACUUAGUGAUAUAUGUUGUUAGUUUCACUGAGGUAUUUGAUUUUACAGGAUCUGAGGACCUGACCCAGGAUUAUCCCAGUCCACUACCAUUAUAUUUGCUAGAAUAUGUAAUAU